CUUGAUUGGUUUGACUCGGUGACGCUUGACGACUCCGCCCCUGGGCUUGGCUACUCUCCAGGGGGAAAGAUGGCGGCCUCCGCCGAGGCAAUGGAUGCGGCAGAAAAGGCAAGAGGGAAGUACGCCGCCCUCUCCUUUGCUACCAUUGCUGUUGUGGUGGGACUGCCCCUCUGGUGGAAAACAACAGAGACCAACCGGGCCUCGCUGCCUUACUCCGAGAUCGCCAACCUGGACACCCUACUGUUCCAGCUGACAGUGCCGAUCUCGGUUGUGUUUGCCAAAGGGACUUUGCUGGGGGACCAGGAGAGGAAGCUCCCCUUUAAAGAGAGUCAGGAGGCAGAGACUCCCUUAAACCCGAAGACCAGCGUGACAGCCCGCUAUCAGAUAUCCUAUCGGCAUGCCACUCCCCAGGAAGAACAGGCGCUGUCCCACGUCUCUGGAAAAGGCACAGGUGACAUGGUGCUGCCAGCCCAAGAGGCCCUGGCAGGUUCGCUCACCGUCUACGUGAUACCUUCUAGUUCUCUGCUUUUGCCAAAGGAGACCACUAUGUACAUCGGCAAGCACCGCAGUGCUGUCAUCCGGGCCCCGCAAGGCGCAGCGGACGUGCUGGCAGCUGUGGGCGCGCAAAUACAGCAGGUGACCCGGGUCAUGUCCUUCUCAGCUGAGUCCAUCACAGGGGCCCUUUCUGACCGCAUGCCCAUCCUCCAGCCGGGUACCGAGUGGAAGCGGCCCUUCAAAUCCAGCUUAGGGUACGAGAUCACUUUCAGCUUGCUGAAUCCCGAUCCCAAAGCCCACGACGUCCACUGGGAUAUUGAAGGAGCCAUCCGUCGCUACGUGGAGCCCCUCCUGGGCAAGCUGAGAUUGCUGGCGGAGAUCUCCGUGGAUUCCCAAAUCCUCUACUAUGCAGCACUGGGGGUCGUGCCCCGCUUCGAUGCAUCUUCCUCCAGCUACAUACUCAGUGCCCACAGCCUGCCCCAUGUUAUUAACCCUGUGGAAGCCAGGCUGGGUUCCAGCGCCGCCUCGCUCUACCCCGUGCUCAACUUCCUGCUGUACGUCCCGGAGCGUUCGCACUCGCCUCUCUACAUCCAGGACAAGGACGGUGCUGCUGUGCCCACCAACGCUUUCCACAGCCCACGCUGGGGUGGGAUCAUGGUGUACAACGUCGAGCCAGAGGCAGCCAAUGAGACUUCCUUCCCAAGGCGGGUGGAUGUGGACAUGGCUCGGGUGAUGGAGGUCUUUCUGGCCCAGCUACGGUUGCUGUUUGGGAUCCUGCCGGUGCCCCUUCCAGAGGGGACCCUGUUGGAAAGCUUUGAGAACGAGGGCCUCUCCGCCUGGGAGCUGGAUCGCCUCCUGUGGACCCGCGCUGUUGAGAACGUAGCCACUGUGGCCACCACCUUGACUUCAUUGGCUCAGCUGCUGGAGAAGAUAAGCAACAUCGUCAUCCAGGACGAUGUGGCAUCGCAGGUGUACCGUGCCGUGGAGUCGGCCCAGAAGGCGCUGCAGGACUUGGGCACGGGCCACCUGGAGUCUGCCUUCCUGGCCAGCAAAGAGGCCAUCAUGUCCUCCGAACGGGCCUUUUUCGACCCCUCCCUCCUGCACCUCCUGUAUUUCCCCGACGACCAGAAGUUCGCCAUCUACAUCCCCCUCUUCCUCCCCAUGGCCGUGCCCAUCCUGCUGUCCCUGGCGAAGAUCCUGCGAGAGGCCAGGCGGAACAAGAAAGUGGAGAAAGAGGCCACCAAAACGGACUGAGCGGCUCCCCUCGACUCUUGGGCAUGCUGUGGUUUUGGAGAGUUGUGGGAAUGCUGAAGGGCAGAGGCUGGGGGUGGGGGCAGCACUCUCUCCCUCGAAGGGGAGUCGAGGGGCACCAGGCAGACUAGUACGGCUUAACCACUGACGCCUCUGCUAGUCUCUAAGAGGGAAAUAUCCCGGAGCAGGGAAACUAGCUUAGCCUGUACCGGAGGGGGACAGGCCUUCUGGGGAGGGGGCUUUGCUGGCACUCCUGUGAUUUGCUGCUGCUGGGAGAGUUAUGGGGUGGGAGGGCUGGCUCCUUCCCAGACCCCCAGAGUCACAAGUGAAAGGUGCUUGGUGCAUAGGUGCUUGUACAAGAGGACCUGCCUUGGGUGUGGGUGGGCGUGAGGCAUUUCCCAGCCCCCUCCCUCUCUCGAACUCCUCCAGGAACUGGCUGGCUCUUGGCCUAAUCCUGCCUGCUUGCCUGGAUGAUCUGGACCUGGGAGGGAAGGGGGCGGGCGGCCUCUCCUGUAUGCACUACCUUGGGUCCUCAAUAAAAGUCCCACUGUCUGGAA